AAAGUUGGCAGUACGCGCACGUAAUUAGCGCAUGUAUUCAUUUCCUGCAGAGACGGUGGAAGUGUCACCAGGGCUGAAGCGAUUAGCUGGCGGGGCACGGGUGGCAGAGAAACCUAUGAUUGUGGGUUCGAAUCCGGGCACCAGUGCAUCCUGAAACAGAAUGGUCGCGACAGUUUCACUGCUUCUUCAAACUCAGUUCGUUCUCUUCCUUCUUGCAGCCUUGUCCGGCUGUGAUGCAAAGCGGAAUAGGCGGCAUAGGCGGGUUCUCAAUUCCUCGUUCAGGUUUCAUUUUCGACUGGUGCAAAGCAGCUUUAAAUCGAUCACCAGGGCGAUAGACCAGAAGCUGAAACGCAAACGCCUGAGAAGAUUUCUGAAAAAACACCCAACAGCGUCAAAAGAAGAGAUUAAGCGUGCUAAGAAAAAGGCAGACUGUCCCGCGGCGUUUAAGUGUUCUGAAGAGGACCUCUAUCGUACUCCCGACGGCAGCUGUAACAACCUGGACCAUCCGCAUUGGGGAGCGGCAAAUCAGCCAUUCCGACGAUAUCUACCCCCUGAGUAUAGUGAUAAAGAAAGUCAACCACGCUUAAAGGGCAAGAAAGAACCGCUGCCCAGCGCCCGGGAAGUGAGUCGACGGUUCCACACUGCUGGCACGGAGGUGGUGGAGGAUGCUGGCGUCACGCACAUGUUGAUGCAAUGGGGGCAGUUCCUAGACCACGACAUCACCUUCACCCCUGUGCAGACCGAAAAGAUUGGAAACGACGUAAAGCCAUAUGCGUGCUGUGAAGACAAACUGGACAGCGUUACCGAGGAUGCUGUGAAAGCAAUAUACUCAUACGAAACUUGCUUCCCCAUACCCAUAUUGCCCAGCGACCCAGUCUUCAAUGGACCAACAAGAAAGAAGAAGCUCAACUGCUUUAGUUUUGCUCGGUCAGUGCAAGUUGAAAAUACAGAUUGUGAGAUUGCUCCAGUUGAACAGUUGAAUCAAAUCACUGCUUACAUCGACGCAUCGAACGUGUAUGGGUCGUCCAAGGAGGAACAGGAUUCCUUGAGGGAAUUUAAUCAAGGUUUGAUGAAAUGCCAGAGGAUGCCGAGUCACGAUGGAUGCCCUGCUGCCGAUCUAUUGCCCUCUAACGUCAACACAUGUGGAUCAACAAAAUGUUUCAAAUCAGGCGACGUCCGGGUGAACGAACAGGUUGGUCUGGCAAGCAUCCACACUGUGUGGCUGAGACAACACAACGCCGUUGCCAGGCAACUAGGUGCCAUGAACAAGUCAUGGAGGGACGACGACGAGAAAGUCUUUCAAGAAACCCGAAAAAUUGUAGGCGCGAUGAUGCAAGUGAUUACUUACAACGAGUUUCUGCCCAUCGUACUUGGAGACGAGAUGAAGAAGUACAAGCUCGAUUCAGAAGAUGCCACGCCAAGUAUAUAUCAAGACAAUUUACUCAAGGAUCUUCUUGAUCUGUUAGCUCCGAAAAGCAAGCACAGGGCCAUAGAUGCAACUAUCAGGAACUCAUUUGCGACUGCCGCCUACCGUUUUGGCCAUUCCCUGAUCCGCGGGGCGACGUCUUUGGGUAACAAUGUGACAAUAAAGCUCAGUGAUGCGUUUGGCGAUACAGCAAUGAUGACCGAAAACCACUGUGUCACAUCGAAAUGGAUGUGCGGACUAUCGCAGGACAAGUGUUUAAAGGUUGACCGGUUCCUGACCCCUGAGAUCACUGAGCACCUGUUUGAGGACGCCGACGGCAACAAACUGGACCUUGCAGCGUUAAACAUCCAGCGGGGGCGGGACCAUGGCUUGCCUGGCUACAACGCAUGGAGGAAAUUCUGUGGACUGAAAACGUUCCAAAAGUUUUCUGACAUGACCGAUCAUACUAGUCAAGAAAAGGAAUUAUUGUCGUCACUGUACGAUCACCCAAAUGACAUCGACCUCUUCACCGCUGGGAUCAGUGAGAGGCCAUACAACGGCGGGUUGGUCGGGCCGACAUUCGCCUGUAUCCUCGGGCGUCAGUUUUCUGCUCUCAAACAUGGCGACCGAUUUUGGUAUGAGAGAACUUGUGAAAGCGUGCGUUUCACAAGAGAGCAAAUUGAAGAGCUUCGCAAGGUAACGUUUUCCCGGGUCCUGUGUGAUCACACCGGCAUUACAAAAAUACAGCCAAACAGCUUCCGGUCUACAAGCGACACAAACCAGAUCAAGAAUUGUGAGGAUCUGCCGAAAAUGGACAUCUCAAAAUGGAAAGUCCUCUAGAUCACUCAAUGUAGUUUUGUAUAUCUGCAUAAUAAAUUUAUGGUGGUCGAAUGCU